AUGUCGUCACUUGAAAAUUCUUACAGCUUGGUUCACCAGGACAAUGCGGCCGACGUGCCGUCGCUCACGGACCUCAAAAACCAGCUGGAAAAAGGGACGGACGAGUCGAAGCAAGAGACCAUGAAGCGCGUCCUGACUAUUAUGCUCAAUGGGGAUCCCAUGCCGGGACUUCUGAUGCACAUCAUCCGCUUUGUGAUGCCUUCUAAGUCGAAACCGUUGAAGAAACUGCUUUACUUCUAUUACGAGAUAUGCCCGAAGCUCGACGCCGGCGGUAAAUUGAAGCAGGAGAUGAUCCUUGUUUGCAACGGAAUUCGAAACGACCUGCAACACCCGAACGAGUACAUCCGAGGCAACACCCUCCGAUUUCUCGCCAAGCUUCGCGAACCGGAACUAAUUGAGCCUCUUCUUUCCUCUGCUCGAUCCUGUCUUGAACAUCGCCAUGCAUACGUCCGCAAAAAUGCCGUCUUUGCAGUUGCGGCGAUCUUCCAACACUCACCUAGCUUGAUUCCGGAUGCUGCAGAUCUUAUCGCGACUUUCAUCGAGACCGAAAGCGAUCCGACUAGCAAGCGGAACGGGUUUGCCUCUCUGGCCUCUAUUAACCACGAGCGGGCUCUGGCGUAUUUGACGACGGUAUUCGAUGGGAUUCCGAACGCAGAGGAGCUAUUGCAGUUAUCCGAACUCGAAUUCAUUCGCAAAGAUGCCGUGCAGAACUCACAGAACAAGGCUCGGUACUUGAGGUUAAUCUUCGAUCUUCUGGAGGCGAAUACCUCUACAGUGGUGUAUGAAGCUGCUUCAUCGCUCACGUCCUUGACAAGCAACCCAGUCGCCGCGAAAGCUGCAGCUGGGAAGUUCAUAGAGCUGAGCAUCAAAGAAGCGGACAACAAUGUCAAGCUUAUCGUUCUUGACCGUGUCGACCAGUUGCGGCGGAAGAACCCAGGAAUUCUCGACGAUCUAGUCAUGGAGAUUCUUCGCGUGCUCUCAAGCCCUGACAUUGAUGUGCGGCGCAAGGCUCUGGCGAUUGCUCUCGAUAUGGUCUCGAGCAAGAAUGUUGAAGAAGUCGUGCUUCUUUUAAAGAAGGAAUUGUCGAAAACCGUCGACCAGGAAUAUGAGAAGAACACCGAGUAUCGUCAACUCUUGAUUCACUCCAUACAUCAGUGCGCCAUCAAAUUUUCCGAAGUCGCUGCCAGUGUCGUUGAUUUGCUUAUGGACUUUGUUGCCGACUUCAAUAAUGCAUCCGCUGUGGAUGUCAUCAACUUCGUGAAAGAGGUUGUGGAGAAAUUUCCGCAGUUGCGCCCAACAAUCGUGCAAAAGCUUGUUGAGACUCUCGGCGAAGUCCGUGCCGGCAAGGUGUACCGUGGGAUUUUGUGGAUUGUUGGCGAAUACUCGCUGAAUGCAGCUGACAUUCGCGAGGCCUGGAAACGGAUCCGUGCCAGCCUCGGAGAGAUUCCGAUACUGGCCUCUGAGCAAAGAUUGCUUGACCACGCCGAUGACGGAGAAGUAAAGGAGCCAGAGCAGUUAAAUGGCCACAAACAAUCCGCACCCACAGGGUCUAGACGUGUGUUAGCCGAUGGAACCUAUGCUACAGAGACCGCACUCACAAGCCAAACAUCUGCCUCCGCUGCAAAGCUGGAGGCUGUCAAGGCGGCCCAGAAGCCGCCUCUGAGACAGCUUAUUCUCGAUGGCGACUACUACCUGGCGACUGUUUUGUCUGCUACGUUGACUAAGUUGGUUAUGCGCCACUCGGAAAUUUCAGCAGAUGUUUCCCGGACCAACGCCCUGCGAGCAGAAGCCAUGUUGAUCAUGGUGUCGAUCGUGCGUGUCGGCCAGUCGCAAUUUGUAAAGGCACCAAUCGACGAAGACUCCAUUGACCGAAUCAUGACGUCGGUUCGCAGCCUGGCCGAAUUUAGCGAGCACAAGGAUCUCGAAACCGUUUUCCUUGACGAUACACGGAAAGCGUUUCGCGCCAUGGUGGUUGCAGAAGAGAAAAAGCGGGCUGCCAAAGAAGCGGACGAAAAAGCCAAGACAGCAGUGCAGGUUGAUGAUGUCGUGUCUAUCCGCCAACUUAGUCGAAAGAAUGCUACCGACGGUAUUGAUUUGGCCGAGGUGGAUUUGGAGCGAGCGACUGGUGGUGAUGCUGGCGCGUCCGAAGACCUCUCGAGUAAACUUUCUCGCGUCGUGCAGCUCACAGGAUUCUCGGACCCAGUAUAUGCAGAGGCGUAUGUCAAGGUACACCAAUUCGAUAUUGUACUCGAUGUUUUAUUGGUGAACCAGACAACAGAGACACUGCAGAACCUGUCUGUAGAGUUUGCCACGCUGGGCGACCUCAAGGUGGUGGAGCGACCGACUACUCAGAAUCUAGGUCCUCAUGACUUCCAUAAUGUGCAAUGCACAAUCAAGGUGUCGAGCACGGAUACGGGUGUGAUCUUUGGCAAUGUGGUUUACGACGGCGCCCACUCAACAGACACGAAUGUGGUUAUUCUCAAUGACCUGCAUGUGGACAUCAUGGAUUACAUUCAGCCAGCAAUGUGUACAGAAACCCAGUUCCGGUCUAUGUGGACAGAGUUUGAGUGGGAGAACAAAGUCAACAUCAACAGCAAGGCGCCGUCCUUGCGCAUUUUCCUAGAAGGACUAAUGAAGGCGACCAACAUGAACUGUCUGACACCCGAGGCAGCGAUGAAGGGCGAAUGCCAGUUCCUGAGCGCUAAUCUCUACGCACGCAGCGUUUUCGGCGAGGAUGCCUUGGCCAACCUCAGCAUUGAAAAGGAAGGUGAAGCUGGGCCGAUUACGGGCUUUGUGCGGAUACGCAGUCGGUCUCAAGGUCUGGCGCUUAGCUUAGGCUCUCUGAAGGGAUUGAGCAAGAUUGGUAUAGCAGCAUGA